AACACAGGUCUGUGGAAAAAGCUGUUCUUAUCAUAACACUGUUUGAGUGCUUAAGAACUUCCUUAUUCUUUGUCUGAAAUGGCUGCUAGCUGCCGGCUUGCUUAAUUUUGGCCGCAUCUGUUCUGUUUGAAAACAGGAGACUGCCAAUAGCCACCGGUGAAGUUAAAUGACUUGAAAAUGGAUUCAUCUUCUCAUGGGUUCCCAGUGACUGUUUUAGAACAAACUGCCUCACAGCUAGGAUGCAAUCCAGCAGAUCAGAAACUUGCUUUGCACUUAGAUGAAGAAGAUGAGCUGAAACACCUCCGUGAAUGUUUCCAUAUUCCAAAAGUCAAGGAUCUACCUCCAACCGACUCAACUUUAGUGAAUGAAAAUGAAAGCUGCAUAUACUUUGCUGGGAAUUCUCUUGGACUUCAGCCAAAAAAAGUUAAAGCUUACCUGGAUGAAGAGUUGGAUAUGUGGGCUAAAAGAGGUGUACAUGGUCAUUUCAAUGGUAAGCGCCCAUGGGCUUUAGGAGAUGAGUGCAUCGUGGAGCUUAUGGCUGAUAUUGUGGGUGCUCGAAAGGAAGAAGUAGCCUUAAUGAAUAGCCUGACUGUUAAUCUGCAUCUCCAGAUGUUAUCUUUUUUUAGCCCUACUCCAAGUCGUUACAAAAUUCUUCUGGAAGCCAAAGCCUUUCCCUCCGACCAUUAUGCUGUUGAGUCUCAGCUUCAGCUUCAUGGACUUGAUGUGGAGAAAUGCAUGCUCAUGAUACAGCCACGCAAGGGGGAGGAGACCUUGAGAAUUGAAGAUAUCCUUGACAUAAUUGAGAAGGAAGGGGACUCUGUUGCUGUAAUUUUGCUGAGUGGAGUGCAGUACUACACAGGACAGCUGUUUGACAUCCCCAGAAUAACAAAGGCUGGCCAAGAAAAGGGUUGCUAUGUUGGCUUUGACCUGGCUCAUGCUGCUGGUAAUAUAGAACUGCAUUUACAUGACUGGGGAGUAGAUUUUGCCUGCUGGUGUUCCUACAAGUAUUUAAAUUCUGGAGCUGGGGGCCUGGCUGGUGCCUACAUUCAUGAGAAACAUUCCCAGACUAUAAAACCAGCGCUAAUAGGCUGGUGGGGUCAUGAAUUCAAAACUAGAUUUCUCAUGGAAAACAAAUUGCAACUAAGUCCUGGAAUCAAUGGAUUUCGGUUAUCAAAUCCUCCAAUUUUAUUGGUCUGUGCACUGCAUGCUAGUUUAGAGGUCUUUGGUCAAACUACAAUGAAAGCACUGAGAAGGAAAUCCAUUCUGCUAACGGGUUACUUGGAGUAUCUGAUAAAGCAUUACUACAGUGAGGAUAAAGCAAAUCCAGAGAAACCCUUUGUAAAAAUAAUCACACCACCUCAGAUUGAGGAAAGAGGAUGCCAGCUCACACUAGUUUUUUCUGGUCCAAUCAAAUCUGUAUUUAAAGAACUGGAAAAAAGAGGAAUAGCUUGCGACAUACGAGAACCAAAUGCUCUUCGUGUUGCCCCAGUUCCUCUCUACAAUUCUUUCCAUGAUGUACACAGAUUUAUUGGAAUCCUGGGAGCUGCAAUUACAUCUGCAAAACAGGCAGCAAACAAUGCUACACUAUCCUGAUCUUAUUGAUGACUUAGCUGUAUCUUUUAAUCUAUUUCUGACUAAGAUGCAUUUAUUCUUCUGAGCAAUUCUGUCCUUCUAGU